AUACACAAUGUAAUGACAGCGAUGUUUGAUUUUAAGUGUUUUGUGAAUGUUUAAUUAAUACUUAAGGAUACCACUGUGCAAUGUAAUAUAGUUUCUUGUAUUAAGCGAUAAUGAGUUGAUACUAAUAAAAUUAUUUACUGUGUAUAACUUACAGAAGAGAAAAACUAUGAAUAUAUCGUUGUUUUUAAAAUUAUAAUUUUAAUUAGAGUAAAAUAUUUUAAGUAUAAAAGAAAUAGGAGAGAAAUGGAAACAACAGCAACUGCUGAAUCUAUGGAGGAGAGCCUGGAAAAGAUUCAAACAAGUCCUCCUAUACAAGUUGUACGGGUACCAGUAAAGCAUGCAAAUCUUGGGAUAAGAAGUCAUGCCAUGGAUAUGAGUACGAUGGUAGAACUUACUUCUUUUAGUACGCUUGGAAAAAUACAGCCCUUUUUAGUUACAGUAACAACUACUGCAGCUUUAUUGGUAGAUUUGCAUUGCCAUUUAACGGAUAAAGAAGUAUGCGGCUAUCUAGGUGGCCAUUGGGAUAUUAAUUCGCACAAUUUAUCCAUAACAACUGCCUUUCCAUGUAGAUAUUCUGGCAAAGAUAAGUCAGCUGCAGCUGCAGUUGAAACAGAAAUUGCCAGAGCUAUGGAAUGGAAGCGUGUUACUUUGGUUGGAUGGUAUCAUUCUCAUCCUAGAUCUCAUGCUUCCCCUUCUCUUCGAGAUGUAGAUUCUCAAUUAGAUUAUCAAAUUAAAAUGAAAGGACCUAGCGACAAUGGAUAUACGCCGUGUGUAGGAUUAAUAUGCUCACCUUACAACACAGAUGGUAGCUGUUACGAGUCAAACUUUAAUGUUUUUUGGUCUUUACCGCCUCCUGAAAAUCGACCUCACGAAUAUCCAAGGCCAAUGCUUUUAAGUUACACAUUGUCCCAGGAACACUUUCUCUCUCAAGACACGUUAGAAGAGAUUAGAAGAUGUAUAGAAUAUUACAAAAGCGAAGGAGGUAUUGAUUUUACUGCAAAUUUUAACAAUAAUACAACUUACCUCGAACGUUUAAGGUCUUCACUGGCGUCUAAAUUACCUGGACGCAAUCGAUCUAAUGGAUCUUAUUGGGAUGUAAUUAGAGAAAUGAUCUGUCCUGGAUCUGAAGAUGGAACAACACCUGAAUUUCUUGCCGUCAAAUUUCCGCUCGUACCGGCAUCAGAAUCUCUUGUUCCUUCUGCAGUUCCACCGGGAGUUGGUCUUGCACCUAACAAUGCUGCGGUCUUCCUCACGCCCGUAAACUUUAAACCAGACGGUGCCAUACUUACUCCUACAUCGAAAUCUUUUGUGAUGCAACCAUCUACUUCGAGAGAUAACAUUAAGAAAGAUAAUAUUAUAACCACGGAUACCGCAUCGAUUACGCAACUGAAAGACGGAAGUUCUGCGACAUCGAAACAACAUAUACCUUCAUCGGAAGUGAUACCUAGUUUUCAAUCCGGAGAACUAACUGUUUCCGUAAAAAAUACAAAAUGUGAUUAUGAUUUUGCGCCAACAGAUUUUUCGAAGGUAUCCAAUACCCUUGUAACGGAUACUGGUAUCAGUAAAACGCGGUCGUCUACGGCAUCCGAUUUUCCUUUAGCCGACAUAACGCAACAGAUCACCAAAUUUUCAGAUUUAUCAAAAUUAGCCAAUUUUUCUACUGCAGACCUGGCAAAGCUCUCUGGAUUUUCUAUUGCAGAUUUUACAAGAACGUCGUCACCAUCACCGUCUGCGUAUAUGCGAAAUAUAGCCAAUUUGUUCGGUCCAAUCGGUAAAAUUUCUCCAGCGAGAGAUAUAGAAGGGAAUGAACGUAAAUCUAGCGAUUUUUCGAUGAUUGAUUCUUUAUCAUCGCAAUUCAAAUCAACUACGGGAUCUUCAGAAUCUUGUAGAAAUUUUUCUGUCACUGCAGAAGACUAUUCAACCGAUCGAAAGAAAAUAGAAGUACAAAAUGAUAAUACGAAGCUCAAUCGAUCGAACGAGUAUCAAGGAACCGAAGAUUUAUCAAUUUCUAAAACAGAUUUUGGAGGAAUGUUGGAUAUGACAACGAUGCAUAAAAAACAGCAGUCACAAGCAGAUAUCGGUGAUUCGCUAAAUCUAUCGAAAGAUCGUCAAUAGGUUUAAUAUGUUAAUCAGUAUUUCACGAUUGUGAUUAUUUCUAUACAGUACAAUGUACUGUAUGUCCAAAAUUGUCUAUCUAUAUAAACAUAUUUAAUGUAAUUUGUACUUUUAUGUCCUACUACUUACACGUCGUGUACAUGUGCUUUAAGUUAUUUUUUGUACUUUUGGAAAAAUCUGAAAUAA